AUGAAAUCAAACAACUCAAAAGAAAUUCCUGGGCAUAUAUACAAGGGACAGUUCUGUGAUAGAUCACCGGAUAUUCGACCUGCUGGUGUAAUUUAUGCUAAACCUGAUGAUAGUGUUAAAAAGACAUUAGAAUGGUAUACAAUCGAAGAACACUUGGAAGCUUUGAAACAUGAUGCUGGAAUUUAUCAUGAAACCUCUGAAUGCCCUCCAAAACCUUUAAAGAGAAAUGUUCGCACGCGUGGAUUAUGUACUCAAAUAAGUGAGCUUCUUCAACCGGGUGAUAUAAAUACUUUUGAACAUUUAAAAACUGAAUUAAAAGAAACUGCCUAUGCAUCGUACUGGAAUAAACCAUUAGGGAGGGCACGAGAUAAAGUUACGGAUUUACCAAUUGGAAUUGAUAUUUUAAAAACUACUUUUGGUAUUAAAGGCACCCGAGACAGUAUUUAUGAUGCAAUCCCACGUAAGACUAAAGAAGAAAUUGAAGAAGAUUCCAAAGUUGGUCAUGAAAACUAUAUAAAAUCUCACAACGGGUAUUGGGCGGAAGAACAAAUAAAUCGCAAUUACACUGGUGCUUUCAAAAAAAAUAAUGUGUUUGGAAAGGCCACACACUGUGAUCCAAACGGAAAAGUUACGAAAAAAUGUUUAAAAUGGUUUAAUAAUCAAAAUUUAACUGUUGCUAAUAUUAGACAGAUUGAAUGGGAACGUCGAAACAAACCUCGUAUAGGAAAAGUUUUAGAACCAAAUAACAAUGCCAGUCGUGUUCCUCCUGAUUACGUGUUUGGAGUAACUUCGGUAGCUGACGCAUAUGAUGUUCGCAGUUCAAUAAACGAAUGUAGUAGUUUUUCAUUAGAAAAUGAAUUUAAAUUUUGCUUAAAGCAUAUUAACAAAGUUCGAACACUUUUACAAAAAAGAUUUCCAAAAUUCAAUUUCCGUGAUUUAUAUGACUCAAUGCGAUAUUACGAUCAGAAGGACAAAACCGGAUGGCUUCCUAAAGAUAUUGUUUACCAUGUAUGUAAUGAAUAUAAUGUCUCAUUUGAUCGAUGUAAAAUUGAAAAUUUACUUAAGUAUUUCAAAAUAUUACAAGAUGAUAAAUACAAUAUUGAAAAAUUUGUAAAUAUUUUAAAUAAAUCUGUUGAAUUCCCAUACCUAUCUGUAAUGCCAGCAAUACCACCAGAACAACAACAUUAUCAAACAACAACUCAAGCAUCGUACAGAAUCGAUAACACUUGUGAUGAAUUAAACUUACCAGCAGCUGGGAUACGAACAAUUCGACAUGAACAUGUUACCCCCACUAUUAUUGAAGGUGGUUGUAAGGCUUAUUUUGAACAUUUAGGUGCAGAAUCGACAACAAGAUCUGCCAUUAAUCCGUCAAUACAGACUAUUUACGAUGUAACACAUAGAGAUUAUCUCAAGUAUCGACCUAAAGAACAGAUAAAAAAUAUUUUUAAAAGUUUUCUUGAAAUGUCUGAUGCACAUUUUGAUUUUUUAUGGGCCGAAGCAGAAAAAUUGGAUAAUGGUCAAGUCAAUGUUCAAAUGAUACGCGAUUUACUGAAAAAAUAUGCUAAAAUAUAA